CCCGCAUAGCAGCAUGGCUUCCACAUUAAUAUGCAAAGCGACACAAAGCAGGGUUAGUUCAGUCUUAAAUAGAGAUGUGAAGCAGUAUGGGAAGAAAUACAUGUUUGACAGCAGUGAGGAGACUUGCUGGAACUCGGACCAGGGAGAAUACCAGUGGGUGUCUCUGGAGUUUCCUCAAUCUGUUAAAAUUACUGAAAUAAAACUUCAAUUUCAAGGCGGAUUUGCAGCUAAAUCAUGCAGACUAGAGGGGAGUCAUAUGGACGGAGAAGUCAAAAUAAGUCAGUUUUACCCAGAGGACGACAACUCUACCCACAGUUUUCCCAUUCAGGAGGCCCCUGUGGUGGACAAAGUAAAAAUAAUAUUUGAGAAUAGUACAGACUUUUUUGGUAGGGUUAUUGUUUACUCUUUGGACAUCCUUGGGGAAAAGACAUCAUGA